AUCAUUCACGUCCUAUUAAAAUGGCUCUGAGAGGAAAACUUGCUAUCAUUUCAGGUUCCAGCUCAGGAAUUGGGGCAGGAAUUGCUAUAGCUUUCUCGAAAGAAGGAGCUAAGCUGUCCUUGACGGGUAGGAACCAGAAGAAUUUGGAGGAAGUGGUCAAAAACUGCAAGAAGGCGGGCUGCCAGGAUGUCCUCAUAAAUGUGGGUGACAUUACACAGGAUGCUUUCAGAAGGACUCUCGUGGAGUCAACCAAGAAGAAGUUCGGGAAAAUAGACAUUCUGGUGAACAAUGCCGGGAUAGCAAGCAUGUGUACGCUGCAAUCAGCUACCAAAGAUGUGUACGACACAACGAUGGCUGUAAACUUGGAGGCACCUUUGUUUUUGACGCAGUUAGUUGCACCGCAUUUGAUUGAAAGCAAAGGAAACGUGAUCAAUACUUCAACCGCCGGCACGGGUACAAUUGCUCCGGGUGGCGGUAUCUACGUUAUGUCGAAGGUGGCCCUAGACACAUUUACAUGAUACCUUGCUCAAGAAUUGGCAUCAAAGGGGGUACGUGUCAAUGCAAUAAAUCCGGGUUUUGUACCAAGUCAGUUGAUUUCAAAGAUGACAACUAAAGAACAAGCUGCUGAGUUGGAGAACACCAUGAUAAAAGUGACGCCACUUGGUCGAGCGGCUACCCCAGAAGAAAUGGGUCACAUUGUGGCCUUCCUAGCCUCAGAUAAAGCAGGCUUUGUAACUGGAGAAUGUUUUAGAGCCGAUGGUGGUUUUACAAUGACCACACCAGCCCUUGGGUGAAUAUGUUGAUGGACGCAAGAGCCGCACCUGCCUCCACCAUUAGAAGGUUGUGUAAAGAACACUCGAAAGUGUAACAAAUACAUUCCCCUACUCUACAAAUGCCAGUGAAACUUGAUAAGUUACUUAUAUUUAUCGAUGAUUCAAUGGCAUGAAAGAGGAAUAAUUUUUAAAUUCAUUCCAAACCGUCGGCUUAAAAAUUCUGAAAUAAUUCUGAAUUAUUACUUUGUUGUUUAACGCCACACUCAGUUCAGCACUAUUUCAGUAGCAGCCUGUGAGUAAUACAGUCUGGACCAGACAAUCCAGUGAUCAACAUCAUAAGCAUCGAUCUAUGCAUUUGGGAUACGAUUACAUGAACUAUUACUAAUAUGAAUACAAUGUCUUUAAAGAAAUUAAGCAAGAUUG